AUAAAUAGAAUCAGCAUCUCUGCAUUCAUUGAGUGUCGAAUUGCAAGUGAUAGCACAGCACAGCACGGAGAAAAAAAAUUAAAAACAAACGCAGAAACGAAAAUAAAAACAACAAAAGUAGAAAAGCAAAUAUACAACAGAUUUUAACAGAUAUUGCUACAAAAUGGAGCGCAAACAUUUCAACUGUUUUCUGGCUCUGCUGCUGGGCAUAUUCAUAUUCAAAAUGCACAUAUUUGGGGCAGUCGGCGAACAGGACGAGGAUAUACCACAUAAUGAAGUACGCAAUUGGGCGCUCAAGUUUGGCGUUGAUUUAUGGGAAUUUGGUCGACAGUUUACGAAAAUGAACGAAAUCAAAAGUCGCUUUAAGGACAACGACAUUGAAGUGAAAAGGAAGGAUGGAAUCAUUUUGUUGCGUGAAUUAGCAGCCGAGGUGAAGAACUUUAUGGAUUUCAAGCGCAACGCUGUUAUGCGUCUGAUGGAUUCGGCAGAGCAGGCGGCGCUCUCCGAGCUGGAGAGUCAGGGCAGCUCUGCGCUGGCGCAACAACACUACGACGCACGACGGAUAAAUGAGUACAAUGCCGAUGGCAAGCUGGCGGAUGGAGCUCGUCACAUGGACAUACGAUUCAUGCGACGCUUUGAACGCCUGCCGGUGAAUCUCAGUCUAAGCUCGAUUCUGGUGCCGCACGGCGUCGAUUUGGAUGAGACGGAUGUCAAGUCGGCAUUGCAGUGGAGCGCUCAUUUGGAUCCACUGUUCCAGAACAACUUGGAGCGAGAUCCGGCAUUGUCUUGGCAAUAUUUUGGCUCAUCGUCGGGUUUUCUGCGGCGCUUCCCAGGCACCGCUUGGCCACCGGAGGGGAGCAAGGGUAGCAAGCAGAUCCAUGAUUUUCGCACGCACAACUGGUUCGUACAGGCGGCCUCCUCACCCAAGGACAUUAUGAUAUUGCUGGAUGCGUCAUCGAGCAUGUCUGAGAAGUCCUUUGACUUGGCUGCGGCUACCGCUUUCAAUAUCCUAGAUACGCUUGGCGAAGACGACUAUGUUAACCUGAUAACCUUCUCGGAGGUGGUCAAGACGCCGGUGCCUUGUUUCAAGGAGCGUAUGGUGCGUGCCACGCCCGACAAUGUGCAAGAGAUCAAGUCGGCAGUGAAGGCCAUCAAGCUCGAAGAUACGGCCAACUUUACGGCCGGAUUGGAGUAUGCUUUCAGUUUAUUGCAUAAGUAUAAUCAAUCCGGUGCUGGCAGUCAAUGCAAUCAGGCCAUCAUGCUCAUCACGGGGAGCACCUCGGAGUCGCACAAGGACAUCAUUAAACAGUACAACUGGCCGCAUAUGCCAGUGCGCAUCUUCACCUAUUUGAUUGGCAGCGACUCUGGCAGUCGCAGCAAUCUCCAUGAGAUGGCCUGCUCGAACAAGGGCUUCUUUGUGCAAAUCAAUGACUUUGAGGAGGCACGUCGCAAAGUUAUUGACUAUGCACUGGUUAUGGCCAGACCGAUGAUUAUGUAUCAGGCCGAUCAUCCCGUACACUGGAGUCCUGUGUUUGUGGCCGGAAAAUCUGGCGGAUUAGGACGCGACUCUGAAUACCAACGGCGACUCGUCACGACAGUUUCAACUCCGGUCUUCGAUAGACGAAAUCAUUCGGUGCGUGUCGCCAAUCUGUUGGGUGUCGUGGGCACCGAUGUGCCCAUCGAGGAGAUACGCAAAAUGAUACCGCAGCACAAGCUGGGACCGAAUGGCUAUUCGUUUAUCGUCGAUAAUAAUGGACGGGUGUUGUAUCAUCCCGAUUUGCGUCCACUGAGCGAUGGUAAUCAAUAUAUUGAUCAGUUGCGUCCCAAAUAUGCCUCAGUCGAUAUAACGGAGUUGGAACUGCCGGAAACUGAAAUCGGCAACGAUCACGAGGUUGUCGAGAUGAACAAAAAUUUGCUUAAUGAGAUGCGUGGUGACAUGAUCCGUCCCAAGGAGGGCGAGACCGAGUUUACUGUGCUGAAUCAUUAUGAUGAAGCGAAGCGCGUGUCUACACGCACUCAUCGCUAUUUCUAUGGUCCCAUUGAGGAUACACCAUUUACGCUGGCUAUUGUGCUCCCGGAAAAGUACGGUAGCCAUGAGUUAGUCUCCCAGCAAGAGAUCCGGCAUUCGCGUAGCAAUGUUACCGAGUACUUCAAGGGGGACAAUUGGCGCGUACAUCCCGAUUGGGUGUAUUGCGAGUACAAUAGCGUAAGCGAUUUGGAGAAGGAGCGUGAGAGCUCCGGAGAGUAUACAUCGCGCGACCAAGAACCCAGCUUUGGCUCGCCAGAGGAGCAAGUAUUGCACUUCUUGGCACGUGCUGGCCGUCCUGGUUGGAAGUGGAUGUCGGUUCGACCAAAGUCGCCGCAGCCACAUCACAACAUGCAUGGCGGCUCACAAUCGGGCCACUUCGCCCAACAUCUGAAUGUGCAGGGUUCUCGCAAGGCUGAACCAUAUUUUUGCGAUCGAACCCUCAUACAGAGUUUGGUGCGCGAUGCCAUGGUAACAGAUGGUCUAGAUCGUAACUCCACGGGCUCAUCCAAUGGCAAGGAGGAUAAACAUCCCAUCGCCACAUUGAUGGCAAUUUUGAAGAGACAAGGAUAUCAAAAGUUUGUGGUCGCCACUUCCUUUGUAGCCACACGUUCGGGGCUGUUGCGUUGGAUCGAUCACAUCAAGCGUCCCGAGGAUACACCUGAGCCUCACUUCAGUGAGGAGAAUGUGCGAGCCAUGGACACAUCUUGGUAUAAACGUGCGGUGGAUCAGCAUACUGUCGAACCGGACAGUUUUGUCUAUAGCGUACCUUUUGGCUCUGGCUAUGCUAUUAAAUCGAAUGCUACUCUGGUAACAGCCUCGCAUGCCAUAUUUGUGGAACAUCGGGGCCACAAAGCUCCGGCUGGUGUUGUGGGUCUUCAGUUCCAACACGACUCGCUGGCCAAGCAUUUCAUUAAUAUAACAUCGGCGUGCACUGGAAUGACGGGUUGUAAGCGCACUUGCGCCUCCGAUAAUCUCGAUUGUUACGUUCUGGAUAACAGCGGUUUUGUCAUCAUAUCUGAGGAAAUGGAACACACUGGCAAGUUCUUUGGCCAAAUCGAUGGCACCAUUAUGGACUCGCUGGUACAGGAUCGCAUCUAUAAGCGUGUGACUGUAAAUGAUUAUCAGGGCGUUUGCUCCGAUUCCGAUAAUCCCUAUACGGCAGCUGGUGGCAUAUUGAAGCCGAAUCGUGUGGGUUCCUGGUUCUUUAAUCAUUUCGUAGCGCUCUGCGCCACUUGGUUAUCCUUAAUGCCGGCUACUUUGCGCGCCUGGCCCCAAGACGAUUAUACAUAUGAUGGCGAGGAAGUGGUCUUUGUUGAGAACAAUUAUUCAGAUGAAUAUGAGCCAUUCGAUAAUGAUUAUAAUAUGCCCGUGGAUCAGGAAAUGGAUGAGUUCUUCACAACUGCAGAUGUGGACUAUACCACGCCACCACCAAAGCAGCAUAAGCCCCAUUCAGGGCCCAGAUAUACACCAGAUCCACAGAAUGCGCGUCGCUGUGAUUUGCGUACGGAUCUUUAUAUGUUACAGCCAGAGCGUCUCAAUCAGGGCGGUCAAAAUAAUCCGCUAAAGGGGAAGCUAACCAAUUGUCAUGUGUCGGGCUGUGAGCGUCCAUUCAGCGUCCAGAAAAUUCCGCACAGCAACUUGAUUUUGUUAGUGGUGGACACUCUGUGUCCAUGUGGAUCCAAGCAGCUGGACAUUGAGCCCAUGGAGGAGUCGGGCGUUGUCGGUGCUUGCAGUACGCGUCGCCAGACACAGGAACAGGAGUCGCGCCGGCGACCCAAGAAAUGCAUUAACUACCAUCCCGAGGAGAUCGAAAUACAACAAUGUGGGCGUGGUAGCACCUUACUGCACACAUCGGCCUCCGUCAUAGUGGCGCACAUUUUGAUGGUGACGGUUACAUUUGUGCUCGCCAAUGCGUGAUACUAAGCGCCCAUAGGAUUAGUUUAUUUCUCUUAGGCACAACUCAUAUAGAUGCAACACCAGGCGUAUAAGGUUCCAGUUGUUCCUUUAAGUUGUUAGUUUUGAGAGACAGGCGCGCCAUUACAUAAAAUAUUCUGUUAUUGAAAGCAAGAGUUAUACAAAAAAAAGAACAAAAAAACAAAAACA